AUGCUCCCCACCGUCGUCGCGGUCUCCAUCGCCUCCCUCACCGUUGGCUACUUCCUCGGCAUGGGACGCUCGCUCCUCUCCUACAAUGCCAACACCCGACGCGUGCUCUCCACCUCGUCCGAUUCGUCCGACCUGGACUCCGAGGACGAGCUCGCCGCCAUCUCUGACAACUACGCAGCAUCCGGCUCCGGUCUCGAAUCUGAGGAAUGCAAGAUGAUUCUCGUUGUCAGGAUGGAUAUCAAGAUGGAAAAGGGCAAGAUCGCAGCGCAGUGCGGACACGCUACGCUGGCAGCGUACAAGCUGGCGAAACGCGUGACGCCCAAGUUCAUCAAGCAGUGGGAGAGAAGAGGCCAGGCCAAAGUGGCGGUGAAAUGUCCGGAUGAGGAAACCAUGCUCGCGUUGGAGAAGAAGGCCGGAGAGUUGGGGAUCGCGGCGAGGAGCAUCGUGGAUGCGGGGAGGACUCAGAUUGCACCCAACACAAGGACGGUGCUCGGCUUGGGUCCGGCUCCCGUUUCCUUGAUGAACCAGCUCACGGGGCAUCUCAAGCUUCUCUAG